GAAUUAGCUCUCCCUCCUAUGAUGGGAUACUCAGGUUUUCUGCCAUCUGGGUGUUUGUUAGAAUCUUUGAUUCAUGUAUCCAACGAAAUAGCUUCAAUGGAAAAGCUUCCUUUUAUACAGGUUAGGAACAUUUCGACAAUGAUAAGGAGGAUCAAACUUCUUUCAUCUUUGUUUGAAGAACUUAAAGAAAUAAACACCCCACUUCCUCCUUCUUCAGUCUUGUGUCUCACUGAGCUUUUCUCAGUGAUUCGGAGAGUUAAAGUUUUGAUUGAAGGGUGCAAACAUGGUAGCUCUCUCUGGGGGCUCAUUCAAACAGAGUUCAUUUCCAAUCAAUUUUUUGUCAUAGUGAAGGAGAUUGCAAGGGCACUCGAUAUUUUACCUUUGAGUUUGCUUAACAUAACAACAGAUAUCAGAGAACAAGUUGAGCUUCUCCACAGGCAAGCCAAAAGGGUGGAAUUGUUUGUCGAUUGCAGGGAGCUUCAAAGAAGGGAUGAGCUAGUCAAAGUAAUGGCUUCUAACAAUGAAAAGAACAGGAAAAACCAAAGUUUUAUUGACAUUGAAACGGUGAAAGAAGUUCUGAGCAGCAUUGGUUUGAGAAGUUCAUUGGAUUAUGAGGAAGAAAUAUCAAAACUGGAGGCAGAAGCACAGAAACAGGCAGGUACAGGAGGACUAAUUGUAGUUUCCAAUAUAAACAAUCUCAUAUCCCUUGUUUCAUAUUCCAAAUCCUUGAUUUUUUCUAGUCUACAAAGUGAGAAGACCAAAGAAGACAUCAAGCAUCAGCCUUAUGCUUAUAUAAAUAGAAACCUUGAUCAGUCUUCAUUUUCUCAAUCAAUGUUCUCUAAUAUUCCUGAUGAAUUUCGUUGCCCCAUUUCACUUGACCUGAUGAAAGAUCCAGUAAUUGUAGCAUCUGGGCACACUUAUGAUCGAAAUUCCAUAGCUCAAUGGAUCAACACAGGACAUCAUACUUGUCCAAAAAGUGGUCAGAGGUUAAUUCAUAUGGCUCUCAUACCAAACUAUGCACUCAAGAGUCUAGUGCACCAAUGGUGCCAAGACAACAAUAUCCCAUUUACAGACUGUUCAUCAUCAAAUACUUCGGAGAUGGAUAGAAGUAACAGCAAGAAAAAAGCAUGUGAGAAAGCUAUUGAUCACAUUUCUGCAACAAAAGUGGCAACAGAUGCUGUCAAAAUGACAGCUGAGUUUUUAGUGGGGAAGUUAGCAAUGGGUUCUCCUGAUGUUCAAAGCCAGGCAGCUUAUGAGAUGAGGUUGCUUGCGAAAACUGGCGCGGAUAAUCGCAGGAUAAUUGCGGAAGCAGGAGCUAUACCAUUUCUUGUGACAUCGCUAAGUUCCAGUGAUCCAAGAAUCCAGGAAAAUGCCGUCACUGCCUUACUCAAUCUUUCCAUUCUUGAUAACAAUAAGGUCUUAAUAUUGGCAGCUGGAGCUAUAGACAACGUAGUGGAAGUUUUGGAAUCAGGAAAAACCAUGGAGGCAAGGGAAAAUGCAGCAGCAGCAAUUUUUAGCCUGUCAAUGAUGGAUGACUUCAAGGUAGCAAUCGGAGCUCAUCCUAGAGCAAUUCCUGCCCUGGUUGGGCUCCUGAGAGAGGGAACAACAGUUGGAAAAAGGGAUGCUGCAAUCGCGAUAUUCAACCUUGCACUUUAUAAUGCUAACAAAGCAAGCAUUAUAAUUGCUGGGGUAGUUCCUUUGCUUAUUGAGUUGUUGAUGGAUGACAAGGCUGGCAUAACAGAUGAUGCCUUGGGAGUGCUGGCUCUACUUUUGAGUUGUCCUGAAGGGCUUGAAGCUAUAAAGAAGAGUAGAGUUUUGGUGCCUCUUCUUAUUGAUCUUUUGAGAUUUGGAUCAGCCAAAGGGAAAGAGAACUCAAUAAAACUUUUGCUGGGGUUGUGCAAAGAUGGAGGAGAGGAAGUUGCCAGACGCCUGUUAUUUAAUCCACGAAGUAUUCCUUCCCUUCGAAGCUUGGCUGCUGAUGGUUCUUUGCAAGCUCGAAGAAAAGCUGAUGCACUGCUUAGAUUACUCAACAGGUGCUGCUCCCAAUCUCGCAAUCCUGUCGGCUAAAAUGUCAGCAACUUCUAAGAGUGUAAAUUUGUGGAUUUCAACCAACAAAAGAGUGAAGAGCGUCUUACUGUAAAUGAAUCUCAAAGCUACAGCUUUAUUUAACCGAUUCAUCUGCUUGAAAUCAGCAUGAUUUUGCUUAUUUGGAAAUGUAGAUCUAUCAUCUUGAGAACAUAUGUCAUCCCACAGCAUAUAAUUUCAAGAAAAUUUUGACCAUGAUUCAAACAACUCUGAUUUCAAUAAUUUCAAAAACCAUUUUACAUGCAAAACACCCAGUCUUCAGAAGGAUAUAACAGUAGCCAAGCAAGAUAUAAUUGAACU